CCAGGGUUAGGGGCUGGGCUGAUGACAGCAUCCUCCGCCGCACACCUGACUGACUCCAUCAGAUGCACAGAUGAUGAUGAUGAUGGAGCUCUCUACGCUGCCGGGUUAUUCUGCUGCCAUUUCGCACGUUCACUGCCCGACACAUGUUCUACAAAUGACUUAAUCAUCAUUUUACUUCAAUUGUUUUUGCCGGAGGUUUCCGUUUUUAUGCGUGAUCAUUUAGAGGAUUGUGUGUUCGCUUUUUUAUUUACUGUGAAUGCUGAGUGGUCGGCUCGAGGUGGUCUUUGUUUUUCCUGGAGCAGCGAACAGGAGUGGACUGAUGCUGCCUCGUCGCUGGUUGCCUGAACACCAAAAAUGGGUGUGAUCGACCCGAGGUUGCUAGUUGCGGUUCGUUCGUGGACCAAAUUUUAGUUUUUCUUAUGAUACGUCAACUGCCCAAUCCAGGUUUCAUACAUCUAGCCUGCAAGUUGAUACACUGAGCAGGCUUCAGUCAAGCAAACAAAUGAUCCAAUCAAUAGCCUCUGGACAGAGUCUGCCAUAGGGAGGAUAUCAGUAACACGCUAAAACACCUGACACACACACACACACACACACACACACACAUACACCAUGGCGCUUGAGAACUCGGUCUUCCCCUCGUGCCCAGACUCUCUCUCACUCCCUGUGGAGGAGAAGGUGGAAGGAGAAGAAGUCGAAGUGGCCACUGAGGCCACCGCCGCCACCGGAGUCUUUAACCUAUUGGGGGAGCUGGGCCACGUUGUCACCACGGAGACAACACCGUCACCUCCACCCUUAGCCAAAGUGAACAGAUCUUUCCAGGCCAAGCUGGCUGAGCGGGAAGCCCAAGCCAAUGAGCCCAGGAAGAAGACCCAGGGGACGGAGAAGGAGAGGGGACGAUUCGGCUGGGUCCGGACUCGGCGUAAGCGACAGCGCUAUGUGGAGAAGAAUGGCCGCUGCAACGUGCAGCACGGUAACAUGCGGGAAACUUAUCGCUUCCUGACUGACAUAUUCACCACGCUGGUGGACCUCAACUGGCGCUGUUCGCUCUUUGUCUUCGUCAUGGCCUACGCCGGCACGUGGCUCUUCUUCGGGGCCAUCUGGUACCUCAUAGCCUACUGUAGGGGUGAUCUGGACCAUCUGGAGGACGAGACGUGGACGCCAUGCGUUAACAAUGUCAACGGCUUCAUCUCGGCCUUCCUCUUCUCCAUCGAGACGGAGACCACGAUUGGCUACGGGCACCGAGUCAUCACAGACCAGUGUCCAGUUGGCACCAUGCUGCUGCUGCUGCAGGCCAUCCUGGGCUCAAUGGUCAAUGCCUUCAUGGUCGGCUGUAUGUUUGUGAAGAUCUCACAACCCAACAAACGGGCCGAGACGCUGGUGUUCUCCAAACACGCCGUCAUCUCUCUGAGAGACGACAAGCUGUGUCUGAUGUUCAGGGUGGGUGACCUGCGUAGCUCCCACAUCGUCGGGGCCAAUAUGAGGGCCAAGCUCAUCAAGUCUAAACAGACCCAGGAGGGUGAGUUCAUCCCUCUGGAUCAGACAGACAUAAGCGUGGGCUUUGAGACGGGCGAUGACCGUCUCUUCCUGGUCUCUCCGCUGGUCAUCUCCCACGAGAUUGACGUCCAUUCUCCCUUCUGGGACAUGUCGCAGGCCCAGCUGGAGAAAGAGGACUUUGAGAUCGUGGUCAUCCUGGAGGGAAUGGUGGAGGCAACCGGGAUGACGUGCCAGGCGAGGAGCUCCUAUCUAGCCGAGGAGGUGUUGUGGGGUCACAGGUUUAGUCCCAUGAUGUCGCUGGCGGAGGGCUUCUUUGACAUUGACUACGGAGCAUUUCAUCACACGUUUGAGGUGGUCUCGCCCUCCUGCUCAGCACGAGAGCUGUCAUUGGCUGCGGCCAGACUCGACGCUCACAUCUAUUGGUCCAUCUCCAGCAGGCUGGACGAAGAGCCCACCCUGACCAACCAGGCGGCCAAGCAGCCAGACAGUGGCAAAGGAGGAGAGCCCACCUUCAUUGUGGGAGAGAUGACAGACAUCCAGGAGCAGACAGGACUGGGCGAGCUGAACGGAAGCGUUGCCACCGACCAAUCCGAAUCAGAGGCCUAG